UCCUAAAGGCCAAAUGCCACAUUCUUUACAUUCUGUUAUUCUCUCAGUCCUCCUCCCCUCCUCUAUCACUCUCUCUCUAUCGCUGCAUCUUUCUUUUGCUCUAACAUUUUCAUUCUAUCAGUUCAUCACUCUUUCCUAUUGUUCUCUCAGUCCAGCACUCCUGCAUGCUUUCACUCUGCUUUUAUUCUCUCCUGCCAUCAUGUUUUAACCUGCAUUUGUCUGCUCCCGCAUUCAUCCAUCCAUUCAUUCAUUCAUUCAUUCUUUCUUUCAUUCCUUUAUCUUUCUCUGGUGUUUUUCAGUGUUGAUGCUUCGCUCACACGGCUUCAUUGAAGAACCUGCAGAAUGUCAAGUGACGUAGACCGGCAGGCGGUUCUCCGCACCACUAAGGUUCGAACGGCCCUAAAGAAAGAUGGCAGCUGGAUCCGCUGCAGCAUUGACCAACCGGAAGACACGCAACCACAGAAGUCUCCAGUCUCAGUGAAGCCACUGAAUUUCACUCCUGUGAAGUCCAGCACGUUGUCCAUUCCACAGAGCCCUGGCCCCCAGAGCCCCGCCCCACCAAGCCCCUUUCCCCACAAACCUACUCAGUCAAGCCUCACCCCCCAGAAACCUGCUCAGCUGAGCACCUCCCCUCCAAAGCCUGAGCCUACUCAGUCAAGCCUCACCCCCCAGAAACCUGCUCAGCCGAGCACCUCCCCUCCAAAGCCUGAGCCUACUCAGUCAAGCCUCACCCCCCAGAAACCGGCUCAGCCGAGCACCUCCCCUCCAAAGCCUGAGCCUACUCAGUCAAGCCUCACCCCCCAGAAACUGGCUCAGCCGAGCACCUCCCCUCCAAAGCCUGAGCCUACUCAGUCAAGCCUCACCCCCCAGAAACCGGCUCAGCUGAGCACCUCCCCACCAAAGCCUGAGCCUACUCAGUCAAGCCUCACCCCCCAGAAACCGGCUCAGCUGAGUACCUCCCCUCCAAAGCCUGAGCCUACUCAGUCAAGCCUCACCCCCCAGAAACCUGCUCAGCUGAGUACCUCCCCUCCAAAGCCUGAGCCUACUCAGUCAAGCUUCACCCCCCAGAAACCGGCUCAGCUGAGCACCUCCCCACCAAAGCCUGAGCCUACUCAGUCAAGCCUCACCCCCCAGAAACCUGCUCAGCUGAGUACCUCCCCUCCAAAGCCUGAGCCUACUCAGUCAAGCCCCGCCCCCCAGAUUCCCACCUCUCUCCAGGACACGCACACCCCUUCAGGGUCUAAAGGAAGAGCUGGCCGCUCCUACGUGCUCUCAGCGCUGAAGAAGUUUGAGCCUGAACCGAAAUCCAACGCUGCAGUCAAGUCACCUGUGAAAGCACAUAUAGUAGAAACACCUGCAGCAGGUACACCUGCAGUUAAGACACCUAUAAUAGGAACACCUGCAAUCAAGGCACAUCCUGUGGAAUCCUCAACAGCGGAAAUGCCAGAAGUACAAAAACCUGCAGUCAAAUCACCUGAAGUAAAAACUCUAGCACCAGAAACACCUGCAGCAGGUACAUCUUCAAUUAAGACACCUUUAGUGGAAACGCCUGCAGCAAAGGCAUUUGUGGUAGAAGCACCUGCAGCAAAAGCACCUGUGGUAGAAGCACCUGCAGCAAAAGCACCUGUGGUAGAAACACCUGCAGCAAAGGCACCUGUUGCAGAAGCACCUGCGGCAAAGGCACCUGUGGUAGAAGCACCUGCCGCAAAGGCACCUGUGGUAGAAGCACCUGCCGCAAAGGCACCUGUGGUAGAAGCACCUGCAGCAAAAGCACCUGUGGUAGAAGCACCUGCAGCAAAAGCACCUGUGGUAGAAACACCUGCAGCAAAGGCACCUGUUGCAGAAACACCUGCGGCAAAGGCACCUGUGGUAGAAGCACCUGCGGCAAAGGCACCUGUGGUAGAAGCACCUGCCGCAAAGGCACCUGUGGUAGAAACACCUGCCGCAAAGGCACCUGUUGCAGAAUCACCUGCCGCAAAGGCACCUGUUGCAGAAUCACCUGCCGCAAAGGCACCUGUGGUAGAAACACCUGCCGCAAAGGCACCUGUGGUAGAAGCACCUGCAGCAAAGGCAUUUGUGGUAGAAGCACCUGCGGCAAAGGUACCUGUGGUAGAAACACCUGUGGCAAAGGCACUUGUUGCGGAAGCACCUGUGGCAAAGGCACCUGUGGUAGAAAUACCUGCGGCAAAGGCACUUGUUGCAGAAGCACCUGUGGCAAAGGCACUUGUUGCAGAAGCACCUGUGGCAAAGGCACUUGUUGCAGAAACAUCUGUGGCAAAGGCACCUGUGGUAGAAACAUCUGCGGCAAAGGCACCUGUGGUAGAAGCACCUGCGGCAAAGGCACCUGUGGUAGAAGCACCUGCAGCAAAAACACUUGUAGUAGAAACACCUGUUACAAAGGCACGUGAAGUAAAAACAUCUGCAGUAGAAACACCUGCACCAAAGGCACCUGUUGUAGAAACACCUGUGGCAGAAAAACCUGUGGCGAAAGUACCUGUAGUUGAAGCACCUGCAAUAAAGGCACCUGAAGUAAAAACACCUGCAGUUAAAGAACCUGGGACAGAAACACCUGUGGCAGGAACAGCUGCAGCUACACCUGCAGCAAAGGCACCUGAAGUGAAAAGACUUGCAGUUAAGGAAUGUGUCAUAGAAACACCUGCUCUUAAAGAGGAAAAACCUGCAGUAGAAUCGUCCACACAGGUCAGCAAACCUGCUUCCCAGCCUUCAACCUCAGAACCGAGAGCAGAACUUCAGACUAACUCUGGACCAGCUGCUGCAGCACAAAACCCAGCAGGGGGCGCCAGCAAACCUCAAACCAUUGCUAAAGGGAAGGUCCUGUGCUCAUUCUGUGCUAAGCCCGUUGACGGUAAUGUGAAAAUCUCUCUGAACGUUCCUCCGAUCUGCUGCCACCCUGAAUGCUUUAAGUGCGGGAAGUGCGGAAAGCCACUGGGUGACCUGCUGUUCUCCAUGUUCCACCACAGCGGGAACAUCUACUGCGAGAUCUGCUUCGACACCAUCUUCCACAGCAGAUAACUCAUCACCAUGGCAACCUGCUCUUCCCCAAGACUAUGCAUCACACCCGCAGCAACACUUCAACGGUUCUUUAAUAAAGAUAAUGGUUCUAUAUAGAACCAUAAACACUCAACAGACCAUUAAUAUGAUUAAAUGAUUCUCUGAAAUGGUUCUUCGGACUGAUGGAGAAUGUUUUGCAUGUGGUUCUAUACAGCACCAAAAACAGUUCUGCUACUAUGUACAAGCUUCACGUCGUGACAACAGCAGAACCCCUCUUGGUGCUAUAUAGAAUCAUAUACAACACAUUCUCCGUCAAUCUGAAGAAUAUUUUA